AUGGAUACAAAUCUGCAGCUAAAUUCACAGAUGGAUGAAGCUGAGUCUCUCUGUGGUAGGAGAAAGGAGGAAACUCUCCUCAGCAUGUUGGCGGAAACUUUUCAGGGGCUGGAAGCUGUCAGACGCUGCAGAGAUCCCCGUAAUGAGGCAGUGGGUGGAAUAAAAAGCACAGUAGAAGCAGGUAGAGGAGGAGGAGGGGUACAGAGAAGGAUGCAUGGUCUAGAAGUGGAGGAUGAAGAAGAAGAAGGAGGAGGAAAAAAUUUAGAAAAAGAGCGGGAGGAGAAAGGGUGUAGGAAGAAAGUUGUGGAAGUGCUGAGGGCGCUGAGUGUUUUUCAUUCAGACAGAGUGGCAGCAUGGAGAGACAUUCUCAGAGAGUGUGUGGAAAUGUUUACCAAGCCUCCAUCAGGGGGCAGUGAUGAGCUUCAUCCAGCUACAACAGAGCGUGAUGUUACACUCUGCUCGGACUCCUUGACUGAUACUUUUCUGAGUGUUGAGGAGGAUAUAAAGAACAUUAUGGACAACCUGAACACGAUCAUACUGAAGCUGGACAAAGAAAUCCUUAACUCAUGUGAUGAUGAGGUUGCAGCACGUCAGGAGACCAGAGAUCCAGAAGCAUCAGAGCAACCUGAAGAUGACAGUAAUCCCUCCCAGGAUGACCUUGAACUUGACUCUGGUAUUAAACAAGAUAUGGAGGCUGAAGAUAAUCAAAGAAAAACAAUGCCAUCCCCAGAAGCUGUGCAAAAUUCAGACAUCAGGGUCAGCAGUUUGGACUGCAUCGUAGUGGAGGGGACGGUGGGAGAACUAGCUGUCAAAAGUCUGGGGAGUGGAAAUGAGGACUGCGUCCCUCUAGAUUGUCAAACUGAUUGCCAGGAUGAGACAGAAAAGACCUUGAAUCCAGUAAAAGACGAGAGCAAAUAUGAAACAAACACAUGGAUCACAGUUGGGCUUGCUGGUCAACAAGUGGACAGCAAUUCAGAUGUCCCAGAUGCAUGCUUCAUCAAAGCACCCAUGGGUGUGGCUGAACUCCUGACAUGUGAGGUGGCAGACGCCCUGAGCUGCCUGAUGGUGACCGGCUCGGAGGAGCUGGUCAGCAGAGUGAUCUGGGUCACGACUCAGAAUGGAGCUAACUUUCAUUUCCCCGUGAUUCUGGUUUUACCUUUCUGUGCACACUACCGUGGCAGCUACAGGGACGUAGCUGUCAAGAUGGUCGACCGGGAGAGGAGGGCAAGCUAUGUCACUCCUGUAACAACAGAGGGGACAUAUGGAGGGCAGAGGGGCUCAUUUGCAGAGGUGAAAGUUUACUCCCUGGGCCUGUUUGCAGUAGUUUCCUGUCUCAAGAGAGAGAAUUAUACCAUUCUCAGAAAGGGUUUGUCACUCAAACUUAGCAUGGACCCCAGAAUCUGUCUGAACUACCUCCGAUCCUUCACUGCUCCAGUAAUGGCACAAACCAUGAUCCAGCCCAUAGACGCAGUACUGCUGGCUGCUAUUAAGUCCAGAAAUGAUGUCUAUCACUCAGUGGUGUCUACAAGUCCAAUACUCUACCUCACCCACCCAUCCUCACAGCCCCUGAGAAGACCCCUCACUUUGACCCUUCCCUGUCCUCCUAACCUGGAAAAGAAGAGGAAAGGGAGGGGACAACUGGAGGAGCAAGACCAACAAAUCUGGCCUGUUAGCGCUUCUCCAAUGUGGGAACAGUCUGCUUCCCACAGAAAGAUAAUCCUGGGUACCUCUGUGAAGUCCAAGGAGAUGUCCAAUGAGCUGCUGGUUGUUCUGGGUUCAAGAGACAAACAGUGGAGCGUCCUUGAUGAGGUCACAGCGAGGAACCAGCAAAACGGACUGGUGUCCUUUGAGCUGACGGAGAACUUUGACAGACUGCUGGUGGUUCGCCUCCUCUCUCCGCUGCAGCCUUGCCACCUCGUUUCCUUAGCAGAGGAGCUGGAGGAGUCUGUUUCCUGCCACGCGGUCACGGUCAUCCUCCAGCGCAGACCAGACGAGCCUCACGCAGUCCUGGUGGCCGCUCUGCCCAGCCGAGACCUCAGCUGGGAGCUAUCCAAACUCAAAGUCCAGGGCUACAGCGGCCUGCUGGAGACCUCCUCGGAGAUGUCCAUGUGUGAGGGAGACCAGCUACUGCUCCGCUUCAGUGGUAAUAUCACCUCCAAAGGUACUCAUAAAGACGAGCAGCGACUCACCUUCCACAGUCAGCAGAAGAAUCACCUCUUGCUCCAUCUAUCUGAAGUGGACCCGUUUGGGAACUACAGCUCCCCCCACUACAAAGGCACGGCUGUGAUUUAUAAUGUCACCAGAGGUCAGCUGGAGUGGCGAGGAGACAGACUAGUCCCGAUGGACACAAAGCUCCUGGGAGAUCCCGUCUGUAAGCUGUCUCUGACUUUACCCAAGAAAGCUAGAACCAUCAAUCGGCCAAUCAUGGCGAGGGUGAGGCUGUGCGAGGAGACGGACUCUCUGUCAGACUCUCUUCUUCUCUGGCUGUCUGAGGAGCUCUCAGAGGAGGAAGUCUCCCUCCUGGUGCUCUCCCUGCGUCUCCGCCGUAGCGCCGCCCAGCUGGUCAAGCUCCGGGCCGGGGGCGGUCUGUCCAGCCAGGCCUUCCACAUCCUCGCCAUGUGGAGGCGAGGACUUCCCGCUGCCACGCGAAAACCCAAGGCCUCUCAGCUGGCUCACUGCUUAGCCAAGAGCGGGAGGCCCGACCUGGCCCGAGAGCUGCUGCUGAGACAGUCUGAAGCCUCCAGGCCGGGUUUACUGAGACAAGGAAGCUUAAAAAGUAGAAAUGAAGCCGCUUUUUGACCGCUGCUGUAAGUCAGACACUGUGUGCCUGCUUCAUGAGAUGGUGGUAGUGUUUUGUUUGAACCACAAGGGGUCAGCAUUGGCCUAUGAGAUCCAGCGCUCUCUUCUAAACGAGUCAUCGUAAGAGGCAUCAUGACAAAGUCAAUUUAAAUAUUUUAAGGCCUUAAGAUUUAAUACUUGUGCUGCCAGAAGUAUGCAUUUUCUCCCACUUAUUGUCCCAUAAUCAUUUUUAUUAUAACUCUAAAAGACAAUCAGGGUUUGAAAAUAGAAAAUACAUUCUGAUGAGCCAUUUGCAAUCAACGCCCUACCUCAUCCUAGAAGUUUGUUUUAUCAACAAAAUGUUCAGUUGUGCACAAGCUUCUUACACAGUCCCUCUAAUUGAUCUGAUACAUGAUGUUCUCGGGGGGGGUCGUCUUCAUGUGCCGCCACUCUUUAAAGACAGGUUACUUUUUGAAUUAAUGUCAACAUUUUCAGAGGCGUCCAUUUCUGACAGCGGGGUCACGUGCUGACUUUAGUUUGUCAUUUAUUUACACAGACAGGCAGGUGAUUUACGCGACCAGUCAUCCGUCUCUUCUCUCCGUGUAAACAGACGCUGACACUGAGCUGUGACCUCUUUUCAGCGCCCUGACACCGCGUCAUUUUUAAGUCUUGACAGUGGGUGUUGAAGGAAACUGAUUGCAAAACUAAGGCUUGGUUUCUCUGUAUUAUGGGGUACAUUUAUGUCUAUAGGAGUUAUGGGCUUCAUAUUCAGUGUUUCUAUUAUGAUUAUUAUUGAGGUAUAUCUUUAUGGACAAAAACUCCUUAUAUGCAUCUGUAGCUGAGAAAAUGUCACCACAAUGUGCAUUUGUUAGCUAUCCUGAAGUUUAAGAUCAUAUCACAUGAUAAUAAGGUAUA